UUUAGUUUUGAGUUGCCUGACUUUAAGUUUAUAUCAACUGGUGCACUAGUCUCAACGGUAAAGUUAAAACAGUGUUUAAAUAUAGCUGCAUUCCCAGUUGCUAGAGUCCAGACCAUUACCAUUUGGCUCUAUACAAAUUCAACAAGUGAAAGGCUGGGCCAAAGGGCUAUAAUUUGUGUCUUCUGUCAGGGUAGUGGAGAAUGUAAUUAUACUAUGACCUGUCUGCUAAACCAGGUGAGCAAGCAGGAAAACACCUUGAGCAUAUUAUCUUACAAGGCAGCUCAGGUACUUCAUGUUGUGCCCUACUCACACACACACUGUAUUCAUCUGCAUGCUAUUAUGAAUUGCAGUUUAACAAAGGGUUAAUAGAAAAGAAAAUACCUGCAUGGGAAGGCGUUUCAAUGUAUGUUUUGUUUCAUUUAAGAGGUCCUGGUAGUUAAAGCCAGUGAAAAAAGAACGAAAUCAGAAAGCCCUCAUGUGAAUGGAAAUGGAAUUUGCUAAGUGAUGAAUACAUUAUAAAAUUUGAGGUUAAGUUCUGUUUGAUGUGCUGCCGUCAUUGUUUGGGACUGAUUCUGUACUCGUGUGCUGUAGUCAUUGUUAAAUACUGGUUCUGUACUCGGGGUCAGUGUGUGAUUUAUUGGGGUGGUAAGCCAGAUUAAUUAUGUAACUAAAAAUGCUGUCAAGCUUUGCACAUCUAAUCAGGUGUCAUUUUUCUCCUGGUUGCAAUCACUAAAAUAUAUCUAGGCUCAUGUAUACAUAGAUAUGGAUUCGUUGUGAACAAUAUGAAAAAAAUAUGAGGUAAAUUAUCAAUCUUCUGCUCGGGGAAGUUAAAAGCGGUAGGUUUAUCAGUAGAGGUGAUGUAUUAGGGCAGCCUAGUGUAUUACAUAGAAUGUAACCUGCACACCUGAGGGUGAUGGUCACAUGAAUUAUGCAACGUCAGGGCCUCAUGAACUUUCAGCCAAAGGGAAACCUGAUCUGAUGGAGCUCACUUGAAUUUACUCACUGAGGAAAGAGGAUAUUUAGUGUAAAAGUGUAUGGCAACCUUUGGUUGUUUGUGCAAAUGGAUAAAUCACUAAGAAAUGCAAGUGAGGUUAAAUGUUAUGCUUAUAAAUUGCUGAAAUUAAACUCCCCAUUUUGUAAUCAUGAAGGUGGCUAGUAUAAGGUCUGAGGCAGUUUCGGAAGGUGUAAGAUUCUCAUAGAAAGGGAAACCAAUGAAAGAGAAGCCUGGAGAGAGCCCAAGUGGCUUGACCCCCAAGUCUUCAGGACGGGAGACGAGGAGCAGCUACAGCCCGGUUUCCAGUUCAGGAAGGAAUGCCUCUCUAGACUAUGACGAGGAUGAUUGGGAGUUCGGCGUUGGAAAUCUCGUAAUUGAUUUAGAUGCUGAUACUAAUGAGAAUAAGAAUACAUCCAGCAUCAGAUCACCUCAAAAAUCCCCCAGGAUGAGCAGCAUUGAGCACCAGUCUACCAUUGAUAAAGGAUUAAAAAUGAAAAUUAAACGGAAAAAUGUGGGCUCUAAGCUCAGUGAAAGCAAACAUGAAAUAGCUGAAAACCCAAAAGCAACUGCUAUUGCUUCUUCUACUACUACCAGUUCUUUACAAAGCAGUGGGUCUGGAGAUCCUUUUAUUGUCCCAACUUCCAUUCCGUUUGGUACAGAGAGGGGGAAAAUGAGUCCUCAGGAUAAAAAUAACAAGGGCAGAGGCAGUAUCAAGAAGGAAAAAUCAAAGGAUAUAAAAACAAAAGCUGCUGCCUCUGCCACUGAACCAAACAACUUGAAUGGCAAUCCAUUCUUGCCAGCAGGUUCAACUGGAUGUAGUACCUCUGACUCUGCAACUCAUAAUUCAACUUCUGAAACUCAUAUGUCUGUUUUUAAUGUGAAGAGAGAAAUGGUUCAUGACCCAUAUGAAUUCAAUGCUAAAGUGGAAGACGGUAUAGAGGAUUUUGGAUUACCCACUAAGAAGAUCAAAAUCGAAAAGCCUGAGGGAGCAUCUUGCCACAGCCUGAGCCAGCAGUCCAGUAGUCAUGGUCAGCAGAGGCGGGAGGUUGGGACGGAGACCUUCAGUGUGGGCAUCUCUACUGAACCUGAGUGCCUGGGCCCCUGUGAACCAGGCACCACUGUCAACUUGGAAGGCAUUGUGUGGCAGGAGACAGAGAAUGGUAUGCUGGUUAUAAAUGUUACCUGGCGUGGAAAGACCUAUGUAGGCACACUGCUUGAUGCUACCAAACAUGACUGGGCACCUCCCAGGUUGGGCUGUGACUCUCCGGUGAGUGAUGUUGAAGUGAGGACACCAAAGGGGCGUGGCAAGCGUGGCAGAACAGCAUCCUCCACUCCACUCAAUGAUAGCGGAAGUGACAGAAAGCUCCGCAAGGGCCGACGUGGGACUAACACCAGUAAUAGCGGUUUCCAGGCCCCUCCUAGCCCAGCCAAGUCGGACAUCACUCCCCUCGGCACAGGCAAGAGGAAGGGACGACCAGCAGACUUGACUUUGGGAAGUUUAGAUGAUCUCAGAGUAAGCAAACGGAGCCGCUCUGGCUCCCGCUCACAAGAAGUGCCAUCAUCGCCUGUGUUGAUAGUGUGCCCCGAACCGAACUGCAACAAGAAAUACAAACACAUUAAUGGAUUACGUUACCAUCAGACACAUGCUCAUCAAACAACUGCUGCAAAUAUAAAUGCCUCUAAUGGAAGCAGCAGCAAUGGCAACAGCAACAGCGCUGUUAUUAAUGAGACGCAGAAAGAUGUAAAAGAGAAAAGAAAGGAAGAUAAGGAAGCCAACCCCAAGGAUGAGGCUUGCAGCAGGGACAAAGCAAAAGACAGUAACAACCCCCCAGCAACUAAACCAGCAAGGAAGAAAGGUUUGAAAGAUUCAGAUAUGUCAGACAGAGAUACUCCUUCUGUGGAAGGUAAAGGAAUUAAGAGCAGCAGUAGUCAGAAGGAUAUUAUGAAGACAGAGACUGCUGCAGCUGAGUCAGUAGAGACUGUUAUAGAAAGGAGUAAAUCUAACUCCUCUCCUUCAGCAAUAGUAACACCAACUACCACAGUGACUGCUAAAACUGUAACAAAGGAUAUAGUAGCAGUGACUUCAUCUUCUCAGUCGUGUAUAGGUAACCCAUUGCAGUGUUUAGGUAAUAUGCCUCUAGGGCCUCUAGAAAGAACAGUGGCUGCAGUGCCCAAGCAGAAAUCAGGUGUGGUGACAGCUCAAACCAAAACUACUGUUGUGAUGACAGUCCCCAUCCCAGCAACAAUUGUCUCAAAAGCUCAUAUGCAAGUGGUCAGCUCCACACAGAGUACUGUAGACAGUUUAACAAAAGACUCAGAAAGUGAUAAAUUAGUGAAAAAACCAAAGGACUCUGUGAAAGUUGGAGACAGGAUAAAGACAAAGUCUUCUGGUAGGCCCAUUGUUCCAGCACACCAUCCGCCGUCUCAGCAGGUUAUUGCUCUGUCAACUAAUGUGGCUGUGACCCAUUCUAACCUUUCUCCAGUGACGACUGCCACGCCUCACACUGCCCUCACACAGAUUGGAUCAGCUCUCAAACCCAUCCAGCCCAAGCCAACAAUCAUGGGAGAGCCCACCAGUAUCAACCCAGUGCUGGCAAGUUUGAAAGAGAAAAAGAUGAAGCACAAGAAAAAAGUCAAGGAAAAGGAGAAAGACUCCAGCCAAAGUGUGAUCAAAGAUGUUCCCAAAGACAAACUUCCCAAAGAGGGUGAUGGUAAAGGAGAUGUUUCAGAGGAAAAUAAAUUGCCCGUCAAUUCUUCUCAGAAGUCAAAGGAACAAGGUGAGAAAAAAGUCCCUGUUGCUGAGACUGAGAAGUCUCUACCUAUUGUUGGUGACAGUGCAAGCAAUGAGAAAGAGAGAACAGUUCAACCACCAUCAGAACUCAAUCUCUCCACCUCCUCUCCUCUCACUGUGAACACUGAUAGUCGAGACCCUACAGGCAGUAACUGCCAAAGUCCAGCCUAUUCAGAUAUAUCUGAUGCAAAUGACACUGCUCCAACCUUGGAGAAUGAAAAAGUGAAGGAAGACAGUAAGGUUGAUGGAAGUGCUGACAGCCCCAGUGACGCAGUGACUGUUCAGAGUCAGGGGGCAGUGCACCCCUACAGUAUGUACCCUUAUUAUGGACAGUCUGCUUAUAUGCUCCCCACCCUCUCUCCCCAGCCUACAGGGGGCAGCACCCUAGAGGGCAAAAGCACUCCAGGAGACCAGGACAGUAAGCCAGUGACAAAAACUGCUGAUGAUAAAGACAGACUCAAAAGAAAGGGAGAAAGUAAAGAGGAGAGGAAAACUGAUUUGAAUCCUGAAGAGAGCCAGAAACUGAAGGAUUAUCAGCAAAGACAAAUGUAUCAGCAACAGCUUUACUAUGCAAACCUUCCACCGCAGAUACAGUAUCAGUACAUGGCAUAUGGCUAUGCUGACCCCAGCUUACACAUGCAUCUGCUCGCUACAGAUCCUAACUACAAAGCAUACCACGAACAAGUGAUGGCUGAACAAGAGAGGAUGAAAAAAGAACAAUUAGCUUCAGAAAUACAGCCAAAAGAACUUGGUAAAGAUGAAGCCAGUGUUCAGUCUGGUCCAAGACCAGAAAGAUCUGAUAAGGAAAGGCAUGUAGAAAGCAGGGACAGGGCUACUUCAGAGCGUGAGAGGGACAGAAUUACUUCAGAACGCAGACAUUCAUCUUCAAAACAUAAAACAGACUCUUCUCAAAAAACAGUGCUGAAUGACCAGCAGCCUGUGUCAAAAGAUAAAAACGAUGUUAAGAGUUUAGGUGACCCUGCUAGGUGUCAUAAAAUGGGAGAGGAUCAGGAAAGGAGAGAUUCUCGGUAUUCUGCUGAGGGUCACAGGGACAAGCAUUUUUCAACACAGCAUCAACAGGGAGAUCACAAGCAUUAUGAUGAAGACAAAUUAAGACUUUCCGAUAAGGGGAAAUCUGAUAAGAGACCCCCAGAGGCAGCAUUAGGGAAAGCUCCACAGGAGAACUCCUCAAAAGAGAGUUCUUCACCAAAGGACAAAACUAAAGAAGUCGUACCACAUAAAGAGCCCAGGGUAACUGAAUCUAUGGGUUCAAAGAAAAUAGGCGAAAAAAGUAAAACUGGAACAGAAAUAAGGGAAAGUCCUGGGGCGAAAAGUAAACAGGGUGACAGUGUGACCUCUGUGUCCACUACUGGUCCCUCCUCAUCCCCUGGACCAGUCUCGUAUGGACAUUACUUCUCUCCCUAUGCUCCUGCACCUUAUGGACAGAUAGCCUAUGAUCCCAGUCACCACUAUAGGGUACAGGGGGUGUACCCUGCAGCCUCACCAGCAUACCUGUACCCUAACCAGAUGAGGUAUGUAUCCACUGUGGAUGGUGCUAAUAAAGAAAAGAAGGAAUUGAGCUCACCCAGUACCCCUGCUGUUACACAGGGGAAAACUGUCAGCAAUUCUGAGAGCAACUCUGGCCAUUAUUACUCUCCCCACCAUAAAAUACAUGAGUUGAAAGAAAAGGCCAAACCUUUGCCUCCUGGCUCUCCUCUUGAGAAAACGAAAGAAGCCGGCAAGCGGUCUGAAACCUCAUCCCCAAGUUCAAGCUCAGAGAAAAGAUUGGGGGACCGGGAGUACACCAAGUCUCCCCCUGCUCAGAGGCACCUCCACACACAUCAUCACACCCAUGUGGUCCAGGGAGCACCCUACCUUCUUGACCCUUAUGGUGCAGCUAUAAUGGCCACCCAUCAGGCAGCAGCUGUUCAUCCUUUUGUGCCCAAAUGAGGAGGAAUGUGUUAGAGAAGCUUACAGCACAGCUGGUGUCCUCUGUCACAUUGUGCAGCAGCUGACAUUCUGAACUGGCAUCAGCAAGAUACAGUCACCAUCAUGAAGAGUUGGUACAAUCUUACUGUAUAAGAAAAUUAUUUACAUCAGUUGCUGUAAAGUUGGAAAGGUUCCUCUGGAGGAAAAAUGUUCUUGGAAAGCCUGUAUUUUUAGCUGCUCAGGUCCAUUUCGUUGUAUUAUUAAAAAUCUGUCAGCUUACAUGCUAUAUUAUACAAUCAACCUACCUGCAAAAGGGAUUUGCCCAACCUACCUGCAAAAGGGAUUUGCCAGGCUUAAUUAGAAUGUUUACCCAGGAUAAAGCUUGACAGUGGUGCAUCUAAAAUUGAUUUGAAAAGUGGAAUCUGUAUUGGGUAUAUUUGCUCAACUGCUUUAUGCUCAGUUCAUUUUCAUCAGUUAAAUUAGUUUCUUGAACAUUUUACUUGUUUGGCCAUCUUGCUAGUCAGUGUGGAUCAUGACAGAGAAUGAAGUUGAAAAAAAAAGUGGGUUCAUGUACAGAUCUCACUUUUUUUAAAAGAAAAUUGUUUUCAGUAGAUUGCCCCAAAGCACUGUUACCAUCAUGCAACUUAUUCUCUAAUUUUAUAUAUAUAUCUAAUGACAGUAACUAAUUCUUAUUACUAACUAACGUUACUGCUCAAUAUGGUAUGUUUCUGAAAAUAUUGAAGGUAUCUGAUCAUCGUCAGUCAAUGCACUUGAACAACUCUUGGUACAGCUAUAAUUUGCAAUUCUUCAGCAUUAUUCCAUGAAAAUGAGGGUUUUAUAACUUCCCUUUCAUAGCAAUCAUGUAUUAUAUUAAUCAGUCAUUCAUAAAAGAAAGAAUACUGCAUUUUAUUCCUUCUCACUGUAAAUAUUCCCCAAAUUUAGCACUAGCCUGUAUUAAAGAGUUGUGAUUGGUGAUCAAAAGGAUUAUUUUGUGAUCUAUACUGAAAACUAAAUUGCUGUUGCUUUCAUACAUGUUAUUUAACAUGGUAAUAGUAUGAAGUGACAGUAGUGGUCACACAGUGUUUUACAAGAAGCAUUGGUUCAUCUGUGUACUUAUUUCAUUCAGCAAAAAUAUCUAUUCAGAGAUCUCAUUUAGUUAGCAAUGCCAAAAGCAGUCUGUAAGAAAUGGUAUUUUAUUUAAACAGAUGGGAGAGUGCUGAGGAUAUAAAGUAACUACCCGCUUCUGAUGGGCCUGUUGUCCACGUAUCUCUUGACAACCCGAAAGAGGUCACUAGUGUUCACAAUUUUUGCUUGUGAACAGCAUUGUAUUUUCCAAUGGUAAACCCCUUUAAGCAGAAAUUCAUGUACACAUUCUUAUUUAAGCCCUUUAAGUAUAGUUCAUGCCACAUUUGGAAGCUUUCCCCUGAAGGUUUAUUCAGUCUUAGAACAUGCCGUGUCUCUACAUAUACCAGCUUUGUCUAUUUCAUGGUUAAUGCAUUGACUAAACUAUAUAUACAUAUAUGUAGGUCAAAAGAUCCUUGUGCAUAAAAGUAAAAAAUAAUGCAUUCUGUGCAUAUAAAAUGGAAUAUGAACAGCGUUAGUGAAUUUUAAAUGACAAGUGAUCAGAUUUCUAAAAACUAUUCACUCAAGAAAUGAAAUGUUUCUUUUAUUCCAUUUGUCAAUUGUAAUGUUUUUUUUUCUGAUGAUCACACAAUACCCAGCAAUUGAAUAAUUUUCUAUUUGAUUGUUAAUAGGAUUAAAAUUUUUAAAACAAUUCAUU